UUUUUUGUAACACAGUUAUUAAGACACAAUACUCAAUCAGUUAUUUUGAUCAUCCAUGCGGUAAAGGCAGCCGAGACUCGACUCGAUGAGCGUGAGAGCGCUGUGGAUUAUCACCCUGGAAAAGGGUGAACCUGCAAAAGUGCGAUUUUCCAGACGAUACCCAACAGUUGAGUUUCGGGCAAAAUCCUUGGCUGGAGCUCAGUAUGUGCCUGUUCCGGAGGACCAAGACAUAACCCACCUUCUGCUGACUGAACUGGGCCUGGCAGACCCUGACAAACCCUACAUAGCUGUAAGGGAUGACUGUGCCCGCCAGCACCGAUCUCCAGCACUGGAGCUCCGUGUUGGUGGCUCAGGUGUAAGAACUCUCUGGCCAGUCUUAAACAUCACCCAGGGUGGGCUAAUUCUUGCCUGUCUUCCCCUGAUCGAAGUCCCAGCUAAUCCAAGACCUCCUCUACCUUGUCUGGCUUCUGUCUCUCAAGGCUUAGCUCUGUUAUCUGGGCUGCAGGGCUUCCUAUGUGGCACAAGCAGUAAACCACCAGAGCCUGAUGUGCUUGCUGGCCGCUUGGCCACUCUUCCUUCAGUUCUGAUGCAAGUUUGCCCAUUAGGAACACCUAUUGACACUCUACCUCAGGCUGGAAUGUUGCCUGCUGCUCUGGCUCCAGGCCCCGGUGGUGCUCAGAAACAGCCAGCCUGGAAAGCAGGGAUUCAUCGAGGAAGAGCUGUGGUGAAUGUGGCCCUUACGGAGAUGGUAAGGUCCAUGCAGUAUGGCAAACAGAGCAAACAGGACCUGUGGGAUGUGUAUGGGACCAUGACAUGCAAAUGUGAGGUAGAGGGAGUUCUGCCUAAUGUCACAGUCACACUCACGCUGCCGCCCAAUGGUUCACCCCUGCAGGACAUCCUUGUGCACCCCUGUGUAACAUCUCUAGAUUCCAGCAUUCUCACUGCCAGCAGUGUGGAUGACAGUGAUGGAUCUGCCUUUUCAGGACCAUACAAAUUCCCCUUUUCUCCACCUCUGGAACCUUUUAGACUCUGCAGUUAUACGUCCCAAGUACCUGUGCCACCUAUUCUCGGAAACUACCAGCUUAAGGCAGAGAAGAACCAACUCAAGCUAAAUCUUGUCCUCAAACUCCACGAGAGUGUCAAAAACAGUUUUGAAUACUGUGAUGCACAGAUACCAUUUUUUAACAGAAAUCUAAUGAGCAAUGUGGAUGUGAAAGUAAGCUCAGGGCAGUUGGAGGUUUUAAAGGAUAAGAAUUUGCUAGUUUGGGUUCUUGGACAAAAGUUUCCAAAGUCACGAGAGGUAACUUUGGAGGGUACAGUUACUUUCUCAGGACAGAAUCCUGGGCCAACAGAUCCCUUGUGUACUGACCUUACUGCAUAUGUAAAACUUUGUUUCCGUGUCCCAGAUUUGACCUUAUCUGGAUGUUGUGUAGACCAACACUCUGUACAAGUGUAUUCUUCAGCAAAGCCACGGAUCACCACAACUCGAGAAUUGGUGUCCUCCAAGUACUACAUUUGGAACGCUACUGGAGAUGCACCUGCUUCUUCUGGGCUUGCAAUACGUGAAGCAUAGUGAUGCAUUAAAAUACAAUGGCCUUAAUAGCUAUUAUCACACCAUGUUUGCUUGUUGCAUAUAUGCACUAGGCGUCAGGUUUCAAUAACUGGAUUAACUCUGAAAAAAACAAAUUUAUAUAAUCAGUAAUGAUACUGCAAUGCAAAUUCUCAAGCCACAUAUGAAAAUAAUGUGAAAGCCCAACAGCAUUACAUGUGCUAUAGACCUGGUAUAGUCACAGAAGCCAUACAAUAUUUUUAUCAUAUGUCAGUCUUUUUAUGUCUUAUUAGGUUGUCUUAAUUGCUAAGUUUAUCAGCGGAGGCAUAAUGUUCAAGUGAGAUUUAUAAUAAACAUUUAAUAAAAAAGUUAUUUAUU